UAAACAAACUUCAAAGAAUACAGUUCGUAUAACGAAUUAAAAUAGGAGAGAUGGUUAUAACAAAGAAUAAUUCAAUAAAUCGAUCGUCUAGUUGUUUACGAAAGUAUCGAAUACUUUUUGUAUUUGGUAUCACUGUGCUAUGUGUACAAAUUUAUUUAGCUCAUAUGUUUUUUGGCUUGGAAAUUCGGAAUCGAAAAUCUAGUCGAUUGUCUUCUGAAGAAGAUGAUUUGUCCCAGCCAGAAGAUGACGAAGGUUUACCAAAGGGCUUGCGUCAAUUAAAGCUUCCACCUGAUAAACAAACUAAUACAAAUAAGGUUUCACAAUAUCAGCGAAACCACACUACUAGAGUAAAAUUAGAUCGUAAAUCAUUAAACUUUAUACCAUCGUGUGAAUUCAAUGGCAAAGAAGCAGUGAGUGCUGUAACACGUGCAAAAAGUCAGGCAUGCAAACAACACAUUGCCAAUGUGACGUGCCUUAACCAACAAGGAUUAUUAUACCCGGAUAGGAUACAGUCUCUGUGCCCUAAUUCUCUAGGAUUUGCAGAUAGACCUGUCAGUUUAGGAUGCUUCAAAGAUGAUAAAACGUUAAGAAUACUUUCCGGUUAUUAUCAUGUUUUUAAAGGGAACAAUUCUCCGGAACGCUGUGCUUUUCUAUGUCUUCAAUCAGGAUAUUCGUACGCUGGUACAGAGUACUCUAUCGAAUGCUUCUGUGGAAUGGAGAAACCAUCUCAGCUAAAGCGAUUACCAGAUUCUAGUUGUAACAUGAAGUGCUCUGGUAAUCCAAAAUAUUCUUGCGGUGGAUAUUUGACCAUUAACGUGUUUUGGACUGGAAUUCAGAAAUUCAAAGCACAAGAAGCUCGAAACACAAGUACAGAAGAUGUAAACGAGAAACCUGUUCAAAUAGCUUAUUUAUUAACGGUGAAUGGCAGAGCCAGUCGGCAAGUUAAACGACUUAUCAGUGUUCUUUAUCACCCUACGCAUUUCUUUUAUAUUCAUGUCGACGCGCGACAAGAUUAUCUCUACAGAGAAAUGUUAAAAGUGGAAAAGUCUUGUAAAACAAAUAAUAUUAAAGUAGCGAGGGGUGAUGGUUUACGGCAUGCAAGUAUUUGGGGAGGCGCGAGUCUUUUAACAACUUUCUUAAAGUCUGCACAACAAAUGCUCGGUCAUCAUCAUCAUUGGGAUUUUCUUGUCAAUUUAUCAGAAUCUGAUUUUCCUAUAAAAAAUAACAUGCAAUUAGUUCAGUUUCUAAGUUUAAAUAAAGGUAUGAAUUUUGUAAAAUCUCACGGAAGAGAAGUUCAACGGUUUAUCACUAAACAAGGACUAGAUAAAACUUUCGUAGAAUGCGAGACUCGUAUGUGGAGAACAGGUGACCGGAAACUACCAAAUGGUAUUCAGAUAGACGGUGGCAGUGACUGGGUAGCCUUAAGCAGACAAUUUGUAGAAUACGUUGCUGGUUCAAAUCCAGACGCAUUAGUGACUGAUCUUUUAAAAAUAUUUAAAUAUACCUUAUUGCCUGCCGAGUCCUUUUUUCAUACAGUUUUACGUAAUUCAAGAUUUUGCAAUACUUACAUAGACAACAAUUUACAUGUUACUAAUUGGAAAAGGAAGUUGGGUUGUAAAUGUCAGUAUAAAGCUGUGGUUGAUUGGUGUGGCUGCAGUCCAAACGACUUCAAACUCGAAGAUUUCAGUCGAAUACGAAAUACAGUAGAUCGUAACUUAUUUUUUGCUCGAAAGUUCGAACCUAUCAUCGAUCAAAGAAUUAUAGACAGGGUGGAAGAGUGGCUGUACCCUGAGAAAAUAAAUGUAACUAUUGCAGCAAAAGGUUACGACGCAUAUUGGCAAAGUUUAUAUCAUGCAUCGGAUUUGAGUCCUCUGACAAAUGAUGCGCAACUAACUAUUUCCAAUUCGUUAGCAAGACUGGGGUUCCGUAAACUGAAGACAAACUAUAAGAACAUUUAUCUGUUAGAAACAACCGCUUAUUUCAGAGAAAAUCAAUUUAUCGGGAUAUUAAUUCUUGCAGAAGCUAUAAUACAACAACCAUUCAUUCAACAAGAACAUAAGGAACGAAUAGAAGUUUUAGUUUAUUUGAGGCAUAAUUUUUCUACUAGUAGAGAAUGGUUAGGAAAAAUACAAACUUUAUCUAUUAAUACUGACUACGAUCAGAAGGAGAAAACGUUUAGAAAUUUAAUAGGAAGUAUAGGACCAUAUUCGUACCCAGUUUUAUCGUAUGAAUUUGAUACCGGAAUCACAACGCCGCAAAAUCUAUCGAUACUAUGGGUGGAUCCGUAUGGUCGUUUAGCAGAUGUUAAUUACGUACAACUUGAAGAAAUGAAAUUAACAGGGUAUGUUAAACCACAGUUCAAUGAACAUCUGAUCGUGGGUACUUGGCAUUUGUCCUUAAUUGCUGACUCCCAGCUAGUAGCAAAAAUAAAUUUUUUGGUCACUCCUUUAGGAUACUGGAAAAAUAAAAGAAUUAGUAUAGAAAAAGCAAAAAGAGUAAAUAAUGCAUCUGGUGAUAGUUAUGAUGUUACCGAAGAAAUGAAUAAAAAGUGGUCAUAUUUAUUAAGUUCCAUAAAUGUUCAUGAACGGACUGCGUACGUUACAGGUGAUGAAAAUAAAGUCAAUUCUAAUUUGGAUCAAUGGAUAGACAAGUUAGUGCAAGAACAUUAUGAAAUUGACAGAAUAUGUAACGCAAAUGAUGACGUUGAUACUAAACUAAAAUUACAGAAGUGUAUAGAUACACAUUGGAGCUCUUUGAGCCCAGAUUCAAAGGCUGAUAUCAGUAACUUAUGUUAAAAGUAUUGAUUAGUUUAUUAAUAUGUGCCAUUCUCAACACUUUUGAACUUUAAGCUGAAACUUAUUAAAUACGCGUAAAAGUUUAAUAAUCUUUUUAAAUAUUUUUAUAUCAACUACAUACUAUGUACAUUCAUAAGACUAUUUUAAAAGUACAAUAUAUCUUCGAAAUUUAAAAAAAAAAUCUUAAGCUACAAGGAAGAUAAUUGUUCACGGUUUCCUUUGCAUG